AUGGUCCGCUCACCACCCCCCAGAAGCAAGUACGACCAUCGCGGCGGGCGGCAGGACUAUCGCGACAGACGUGAUGGCGACUACCGACAGAGGCCCGCAUACGACCCUCGCUACGAUGCGCGCUCUCGUGAUCGUUCCCGCGACAGAUACGAAGACCGUAAUCGAUCGAGGAGGGAGUAUUCGAGGGACAGGAAGAGGUCACGCGAGAGGUCUCCGGUAAGAGACAGACGCCACGACCGGAGCAGAGACAGAUACCGUGAUGAUCGCGGGUACGACGACCGCGACAGGAAGAGAGCCAGGCGCGAUGACUUCUCGCCCCCACGCCACUCUCGUCGUGACGACAAUCGAGACCAGCAGCGACCUUCCAGCAGCAGGAGCCAUGAUGUGAGUCUUUCAAGCCUACCACCGCCCUCUCGAGCCGAGCUAAACAAGCAGUCCACUGCCGAGGUCGACCCUGCCGUAGCAGAGGAGGAAAAGAAGGCGCGACUCGCAAUGAAGGUCGAUGCGUGGAAAAAGAAGAAGCUCAUGAAAGAGAUGCAAGAGGGGAAACACAUUGGAGCGGCCGACUCCCCAAGUGGGACUUCAGCGGCAUCGCCUGGCCUCAUGUCGGCAUCAUCCACCGCACCUCAGUCACCAGCCAUGGAUACAGCAGCACCCGCCGUCCCUUACGCUGGCAAAUUCGAUCACAAAGCCAUUGCCAAGCGAGCUGCGGCAGCGCUGGAGAAGCGCAAGGCGGCGUUGGGAGGCGACGUUGUCAUUCCCAAGUCAGCAAACGAAACUUCUAACAAGCCUAGUUCCACUGCGGCUGACAUCACCAAGGCCGCUCCCACUCGUCCUGUCGGCGGCUCUGCACCAAUCGAUGCCAAGUUUACUGGUUUCGGGCUGAACAAAGCACAAGCUGAAGCUUCGAAGGACGUGCCAAUGACUGGCUCCAAAGCAGCUGCACCCCUCGACGAAGAUGAAGAGGUGCAGCGCAAGUUAGAGAAGCUCCCCGACAUGCCUGCUCAAUUCGAUACUGGCGAUGCUGCGCUCGCUAAUGUGGUAGAUUACCAAGACGAAGGCGAGGGCAUUCGAUCGGAUGAGGAGGAAGCUGAAGCGGCUCGUGAAGCAGCUGUCAAGCGCGCCGAGCAGGCUCAAGCUGAGCAACAGGAGAUCACCAUGACCGAUGUCGCAGCUGCCCCGCCCACCCAGCAAGUGACUGCAGAUGUCGAGCCAGACAAGAUGGAGGAGGACGAAGAGAUCGAUCCACUCGACGCUUUCAUGAGCGGGUUGACUCAGCCAGCGGAAACCACUGGUCCAAAUCUCGCCAUCGGCAAGGGAAAGAAGAAGCAACCACAAAUCUUCAACAGUGAUGACGAGGAGGCGGAUCUGGACGCUAUCGGGACCGGCGCCGAAGACAUAUUUGCGUUGGCGGCCAAGCGCAAGAAGAGAGAGAUGCCCACCAUCGACCACUCGAAAGCGGAAUACGAGCCUUUUCGCAAGAACUUCUACUCCGAGUCCGUCGAGUUAUCAGACAUGACCGAAGAAGACGUCGAUGUCUUGCGCGCCGAUCUCGACAAUAUCAAAUGCCGCGGUGUCGAUGUUCCGAAACCGAUUGUGACGUGGUCUCAAGGAGGAUUUGGCACUCAGAUUCUGGAUGUGAUCCGCGAGCAAAAGUUCGAGAAGCCGACGGCAAUCCAGUCGCAGGCCUUACCUGCCAUCAUGUCCGGACGCGAUGUCAUCGGUGUCGCAAAGACCGGAUCCGGAAAGACGCUGGCCUUUCUUCUGCCCAUGUUUCGGCAUAUCAAAGAUCAGCGACCGUUGGAGAAUCUGGAUGGUCCCAUUGGACUCAUUCUGGCGCCGACGCGGGAGCUGGCAACACAGAUUCAUCGCGACUGCAAACCGUACCUCAAGGCUCUCAACCUGCGCGCAGUCUGCGCUUAUGGUGGCGCUCCGAUCAAGGACCAAAUUGCGGAGCUCAAGCGCGGCGCUGAGAUUGUUGUUUGCACUCCUGGACGCUUAAUCGACCUGCUGGCCGCAAAUGUUGGCCGCGUUACCAACCUGCGUCGCGUCACAUACGUUGUCCUGGACGAGGCGGAUCGCAUGUUCGACAUGGGGUUCGAGCCACAGAUGCAGAAGAUAUUGGGCAACAUACGCCCUCAGCGACAGACGGUGCUCUUCUCGGCCACUUUCCCGCGGAACAUGGAAGCCCUUGCACGCAAAGCCCUCAACAAGCCGAUCGAAAUCAUGGUGGGCGGCCGAAGCAUCGUGGCGCCGGAGAUUACGCAAAUCAUCGAGGUGAGGGCAGAAAACACGAAGAUGCGCCAGCUUCUCAAAUACCUUGGAGAUCUCCACGGCGACGAUGAUGACGUGCGUUCGCUGGUGUUUGUGGAUCGACAAGAGACUGCCGACCGCCUGCUGUCUGAGCUCUGGAAAUACAAUUACCCGACUGUGUCGAUUCAUGGCGGUCGCGACCAGUCUGAUCGUGACGAUGCCAUCGCCGACUUCAAGAACGGCGUGGUCCCGGUGCUGAUUGCGACUUCUGUGGCUGCCCGCGGCCUAGAUGUCAAGCAACUGAAACUCGUCGUCAACUACGACUCCCCCAAUCACGGCGAGGACUAUGUCCACCGCUGUGGACGUACUGGCAGGGCUGGUAACAAGGGCACAGCCGUGACCUUUGUCACUCCCGAGCAGGAGCGCUUUGCACCAUUCCUCGUCAAGGCGUUGACUGAUGCCAACCAGCCGGUGCCGGACGACCUGCAGAAAUUGAAGGACGCAUUCGAUGUGAAGGUCAAGGCUGGACAGGCGAAGAAGAGCGGCUCCGGCUUUGGCGGCCACGGCAUUGAGCGCCUCGAAGCAGUCCGUGACGCCAAGCUUGCUGUGCAGAAGAAAUCGCACAAGACGGGUGACGAGCCGGACGACGAUGAUGACGAAGCGGAGAAGAAGAAAGACGAUGCCAAGAGCAAGGCCGACAACAUGAUUGCAAAGGCCAUCGGCGCGGUGAGAGACCGCGAUGCCAUGCAAGACGUCGUAUCCCAGCAAUCGGGUGACAUCAUCCCCGUCUCCCUCGCCGACCAUCUUGAGAACGCGAUGAAAGUGCAAAAGGCGGAAGUGGCGCCACCCCCUACCUUCAACCCUAACGAUCCGCUGGCAAAACUGCACGCUCGCGCCGCCAGCAUCAACAACCGCUUGGGCACCAAGGGUGUGUAUCGCCAACCGUACGCAGCAUCUAACCGUCUAACAUCUCGAGCAGGAGCGACGCGCCCCGGCGUACCCAUCGACAACCGCGGGCCCGACGCCGGCGCCUUCCACGCGACGCUGGAGAUCAACGACUUCCCGCAAAAGGCGCGCUGGAGCGUCACGAACCGCACGAACGUGGCGAAGAUUCUCGAGGCGACGGGCACGUCCAUCACCACCAAGGGCACCUUUUAUGCUAAGGGCAAGGAGCCGGAGGCAGGUGGGAUGCCGAAGCUGUAUAUUCUCGUCGAGGGCGAUACGGAGGUGCUGGUGGAGAAUGCGAUGAAGGAGUUGACGCGCUUGUUGAAGGAGGGCACGAUCAUGGCGAUGGAGAGUGAGGGGAGGCAGGGGACUAGUGGGAGGUAUAGUGUUGUUUGA